CCCAUAAGGGAAGCCACUUAAGGGUGCAAAUAACUCUUACAAACACUGCGGUAACAUGCACGUGUAUUCUGGCUGCUGCAGAAUUCCUUUUGGUGAAAGAAAAUAUUAACAUGGGAAAGACCAAUCAGUCUUCUGUUACAGAAUUUGUCCUACUGGGGCUUUCUGGCUACCCAGAGCUUGAGGCCAUUUAUUUCUUGCUGGUGCUAUUUAUGUACCUGGUGAUCCUGCUGGGAAAUGGAGUCAUCAUCAUUGUGUGUGACUCUUACCUGCGCACCCCCAUGUACUUUUUCCUCAGUAACUUAUCAUUCUUGGAUAUUUGCUACACCAGUUCUUCUAUUCCCUUAUUUCUCAGCAGGUUCUUAGCUUCAAAGAAAACCAUUUCCUUCUCUGGGUGUGGAGUGCAAAUGUUUCUCUCCUUUGCUAUGGGAACCACAGAGUGUGUCCUUCUAAGCAUGAUGGCAUUUGACUGCUAUGUGGCCAUGUGUAACCCUCUGAGAUACCCUGUCAUUAUGAGCAAGAAUUUGUAUGUGCCUGUGGCUGCUGGGUCCUGGAUUGCAGAGGGUGUCAAUUCUGUGUUGCAGAUGUCUCUUGGCAUGCGGCUUCCCUUCUGUGGGGAUAAUGUCAUUAAUCAUUUUACUUGUGAAAUCUUGGCUGUCUUAAAAUUGGCCUGUGCUGAUAUCUCCAUAAAUGUUAUUAGCAUGGUUGUUGCUAAUAUGAUUUUUCUUCUGGUUCCAGUACUUUUCAUUUUUGUUUCCUAUGUUUUCAUUCUCCCCACCAUCCUGAGGAUUCCUUCUGCAGAGGGAAGGCAUAAAGCCUUUUCCACCUGCUCUGCCCACCUCACAGUGGUGAUUAUAUUCUAUGGAACCAUCCUCUUCACGUAUGCAAAACUCAAAGCUAAAGACUUCUCUGGUGCAGACAAAGUACAAGUCACAGACAAAAUCAUCUCUCUCUUCUAUGGUGUUGUGACUCCUAUGCUCAACCCCCUCAUCUAUAGUUUGAGGAACAAAGAUGUGAAGGCAGCUCUGAAGAAUGUAUUCUGUCGGAAAUGCUCCUCAGAGGAAAUGUGAAUGUUGUUUUUUUGGUAAAAAAUUCAUUUACUCUGAAUGCAGGACUAGUUCUCACCUGGAGUUCCAAAGUAAAUGUAAGGGUUGGUAGUAUCGUUAAUUCUUGAAAUACUUAUUUUUCUGUUCCUAGCAUCUAAAUGUGAGAGAAAUCUGGGGCCUAUAUUCUUCAUGACUGGCUUAAAGAAAAAAAGGGAAAGAAAUCUAUGGGUAAAAGGAUUCUCAUCCAAACCACCCACAUUCACAGAAUUUAUUAUAGUUUAACUCUGGAAUGACGAGUUCUGUAAUCUUAUGUGAACAGAAGUACCUUGUAACUAGUUUAACUUCUUAUUCUCUAUUUGCAUCAGUUUUCUAGUCUCAUAUCUUUCUUAGGAAGGUAAAGUAGAAAGUGCCUUGUUAAGUGUCAGAGUGCUAUAGAAACUCACCAUUAAAUAAUUCAUAACAGGGUAGUGUUUGACCUUAGAGAGGGAUGACCACUUUUGGCUAUGUAUACAUUAUAGGCAAGAGUAGAAAAAAAUGUUGCUAUUUUCCUAGGGCUGAUAUCCUUUUGGCUGCAAUCUGGCAAGCAUACUUCUGUGCAGAGGUAUCUGAGGCAAUGUGAGGCUUAGUGCAGAUGCCCCAUCUGAUGGGGAAAUUUGGUCUAUCUUGUGUUUCAACAGAUGAGCAGUGACAUCUUUGAAUGAAAAUGAUGAUUACUGUUAAGUGACAUAAAAAUUACUCAGUUUCUAGAGAAUGUGGUUGUCCACUUCUCUGAGAACAUUGUGAUAAUGGGUUUAGAGUGUCACAGAUUAAGUAUUUUUACAGUUACAUGAAAGGAAAAUGGAGUUCUCACACCAUAAAAACAACACAUAAUGGAUGGGAAGAAAAACAUGAAGGCACUUAAAAGAAAAAAAAUAGGUUAGAGCUUAGUUAGACAAGGCAUUUUUUAAAAAAUAGAGUUUUCAAUCUAGUUAAAGAAAAAAAAAUCAGUCAUUAAGUGGUUGCUUAGCACGGAGAAUGAAAGGGACCCUGGGAACUUCCUUUCAUUCAAUGCUCAUCCAACAGAUUUUAAGUCAAGUAUAACCUUGGAGAGGUUAUACUUAAUGUAGAGAGUGAUGAAUCUGGCGUUCCUUUUAGCCUGAUUCUAGUAAAUAUGCUAUUCAUAUAAGUAAUCCCCUUGAUUUGACCUAGUUUCCCCCUUCUGAUGAGAAGCAGACAUCCAGGUCACCUGUAUAGAAGGAAAGAAUGGACUGAGCAAAGGAAUGAAGUGGCUCUUCCACUUUGGCCUAGGUUUCGCAUUGUAAAGGAUGGCACUCUGCUUCAUAGUAGUAUCUGUGAGCUAGUGUGAAUCAACCCCUGUGAACGAGAUCUAGCUUCUUGUUUUAACCAAUCAACUUUGAGUCUUGUAGGGCUAAGGAACAGAAUGUGGACCUUAGUUAAAAAAACAGCAGCAACAACAACAACAAAACACACAGUAUUGCUGUCUGGUGAGGUCUGUUGGCAGGAAGCCUGACAGCUUCUCUUGGGGGAAGCCUCUGAA